AUGGCCCCAAGCCCGGGCUCCAGUUGGUUGCUACAGCCAACACCCUUUUGGUGCCUAGCUCUCAUCCCCAGCCGGCAGCCGCUACUGCCUGCCUGGUCUCCGCCUGCUGCUGACCUGAGAAAAGAGCUCCUUAGGGUCAAGGCCAUGGCUCAGGCACCCGCUGGUCUGGUCCCAUGCCCAAGCACCAAGGGGCCUUUAGAUCCAGCUCAGAUUAAGCAACUCAUUUGCAAGGGCCAAGAAGCCAAGAAGUUUGCCUACUGUCCCUACAGUAACUUCCCAGUGGGGGCAGCUCUCCUGACUCUGGACGGGAAGAUUUUUUCAGGAUGCAACAUAGAAAAUGCAGCCUAUGCAGUAGGUACCUGUGCAGAACGCACUGCCAUUCAGAAGGCCAUCUCGGAAGGACACAGAGAGUUUCGGGCCAUUGCUAUUACCAGUAAUCUGGAGAAUGACUUUAUCGCACCAUGUGGAGCCUGCAGACAAGUGAUGAGAGAGUUUGGAAAACAUUGGUAUGUCUACAUGACAAAAGCAGAUGGUACCUACGAAGUCAGGACAGUCCAUGAACUACUGCCUGGAUCAUUUGGACCAGAGGACCUGAAGAAGAACUAGUGAACACUUAUGAUGUCAUUAUCCAUUUGAAAGCCUUUUCAACCACCUGGAAGAAGAUUCUCUCUCAGUAUUGUCCAGGAGCAUCAUCCCCAGAGCAAUAUUGAUAUGAAUCAACCCCAAAGCUGAGUAGGUCCUAAGAACUGGCUGCUUCUGCAUCUCCUGUUCAGUCUAAGGACCUCUUUGCCAUUUAUGUCUGAAGUGCCUUGAACAUACAAAAUGGUGAUAGUGGAGAGAACACCAGCCUGGGAGUCGAGAGAGCUGUGUUAUAUUCCUGGCUCUGUCUCUAACUUCCUAUAUGUCCUUACAGUAGUCAUUUAGCCUCUCCAGGCUUCAGCUUCCUUUUCUGUCAACUCAUAAUGUUGGCCCAAAUCAGGAGUUCUUAAUCUUGUUUAUG